AUCAGCAGGAAAGAUACGACUCCAUAAGUGUGAUGGUAUCAAAUUUAGGGCAUAUUUGUUCAAAUACACUGUGCGAUUAUAAAUAGUUUUUUAAUAUACCGAUGCGCAAACCGCGUCAAAACAUAAUGUGUUUGUGAAUAGAUAUAAUACUGCCAGUUCAUUAAUACUAAUCCAUAUUUUCAACAAUAUUAACAAUGCAGCUAAACAUUGCUGAUUGCUAAGAAAAACCAUUAAUUCUAUUUUAAAAAUAUGCAAAAUGCAUUUUUGUAGGCUCACACCACGUGGUGAUGACAUUUAAGUACUAAUCUAACAUGUAUUUGCACUUAUUUGAGUCAUUAGAAAUACUCCCGAGAAAUAUGAAGAAAAGAAAAUAUUAAAAUUAAAAAAAUGGUUUCGAUACUAUUACUAUCUUAAUCGUUCAAUGUAGAUAUUUAUAUGAAUAUAUAAAUCAUGUAUGAUCUCGAAAGAAGCAUUUCGAAAUUGAGUUUCGUCGUGAAUACAGUCCGGCAAUUAUUAUUUUUAAGUAAAUUUCAAUACCGCCACAUGAUGCAACAUGAUUCAGAUUGCAAUAAAACAGUAUGGGAUCCAAUGCAAAUAUUUCAAUGUCCUAAACAUUACAAAUACGCUGUGAUUAUACUGAAUCGUCCACUGUACUGGAAACAUGACACUAUCCUUCGAAUAUGGGAAAAUGCUGAAGUUAAUAUUACUGUCGAUGGUGGAACGCAUUCAUGGCUGCAUUAUUUACAAAAGCAAGGUAUAGAUCUUUUUAGUGGGAACCACAAAACAUACGUACCACAUUUAAUUACUGGCGAUAUGGACAGUUGUUCUCCUUUAAUUCUCGAGAAAUUGGAGGCCAUGGGUUCUAGGGUUAUUCACACAAUUGAUCAGGAUAAAACAGAUUAUACAAAAGCCUUGCUUCAAUUAGGACAAUAUGCUAAAACAGAAAACAUAAAGUUAAAUGGAAUAUACGUAUUUGUAGACUCAUCAGGAAGGUUAGAUCAUAUCAUUGAAAAUAUUAAUACUUUAUAUAAAACUGAGAAGCUCCUUGGACAAUACAUUCCGAUAGUACCGGUAAUUCAAAUUGCAUGCAACUCACUGACAUGGAUUUUAAAUCCAGGUUUUCAUAGUAUAAUUAUACCUAAGAUUUUAGUACAAAAUAAUAGCUGGUGUGGUUUAUUACCAGUUGGUGCACCCGUCAAUAGUAUAACUACAACUGGUUUAAAGUGGAACUUAAAUUGUUCAACUCUACAAUUCGGUGGCAUAAUAAGCUCUUCAAAUACAUAUGAUUGCUCCGAAGUAACUGUAAAUACAGAUUCACCAGUGAUAUGGACUAUGGGUAUUGAACCACUUCAAGAAAGUAUGAAUUGUUAAACAGUGUCAUUAAAAAAUGACAUUGUUAAUUUUAUUCAUAUGAUGAAUUUUUAUUGUGGUACCUGAGGUUCAAGAGUUUUUCUAUCAUGAUCGUUAGAUGGUGAAUAGCGAAGUUAUGGCGCUGCUGGGCUUGCUUUAAACCAAAAUAUAUUUUUGUUAGAAUUUAAUUUGAUAUGUAUUGCUUUCUUUAAAAGUUUGUUUGGCUAUUGAUAGAUAAUUAUAAUAUACAGUGUAGAGGAGAAGAGAAGAAUUUUUUAAACGUGAUUUAUUUAUUUGAUUUAAUAUAAUCAAAUAUUUAUAUUUACAUAGGUCUGUAAAAAGAAUUUCUUAGUAAGGGUUGUAAGAUUUUCAACUUCUCUAAAUAUAUUGAAUUUUGAUUACACUAUUCUAGAAGUACAAAGCUCUAGAAGAGUAAAGAAUGAAUGUAUAUGGAAAGUAAUCUCCACUGGUAACUUCAGUGAUAAUUGGAUUGUUGUUUCAGUACUUAUUACAAAGUAUUUUUUCAAUCAUGACAGGAUUUAUGAAUUCAAUACUAUUAUUACACCUUAUUUUUUAGACUGUUUAUUACAUAAAAUUUUAAUAUGUUAAAAACAUGAUAUUAAUGAAGUUUCAGAAUUUUCUGAAA